CUGUGAACCGGUAAAUGGUAAAUGUAACAUCUGACAUCUGUCACUUUGACAUUUCAAUGAAUGACAUGUACUUAUAAUUAGUUUGUGGAAAUAUUUUGUUUAUUUUUUACAUAAUGUAUGUUAAAUGAUUUUAUUAAUACCCAAAAUGUUUUAAUAUGAAAUUUAUGAGUAUUAAGCUGGUUAAUGUAAUUAGGACAACAUUUUUUAGAUCCUUUAAUAGUAGUCAAAUAUUAAGAAUGGUUAAGUUACUUGGACAGAAAGAAGCUCAGUCAAUUGAUUUGGAACUUUUUAAUGACUAUUCAUUUUCUGUUGAUCAGUUAAUGGAAUUAGCUGGCUUAAGCUGUGCUUCGGCUAUUGCUAAGAGUUAUCAACACAGUGAUAUUGGCAUCAAGUCUAUACUGGUUUGUUGUGGCCCUGGUAACAAUGGUGGAGAUGGUUUAGUAUGUGCAAGACAUUUAGUACUUUUUGGAUAUAAACCAAUUGUAUACUAUCCCAAAGAAACAAAAAAUGAUCUCUACAAUAAUCUUAUCAAACAAUGUCAGUUAAUGAAUAUAUCCAUAAUUAAGAGUUUACCUGAUAAAUCCAGCAUUGAAUGUGAAUUUGGUAUUAUAGUGGAUGCUUUAUUUGGAUUUAGCUUUAAACCACCUGUAAGAGAAGAAUUUAUACCAGUUAUUAAUCUGAUGAAGGAAACAAAAGUACCUAUAGCAAGCAUUGACAUACCUAGUGGAUGGGAUGUAAAUUCGGGUCCUCCUGAAGAUGGCAUCAAACCAGAAAUGCUGAUUUCUCUUACUGCUCCCAAAUUGUGUGCCAAAUUUUUUAAGGGAAAAUAUCAUUACCUAGGAGGAAGGUUUGUACCUCCAGCCUUAGAAGAAAAGUACAAUCUACAGCUACCUAAAUAUCCUGGUACAGAAUGCUGUGUAUUGCUUCCAGCAGUAUAUGAAUCUAAAGAAUGUGAUAAAAACUAAGAAGUAGAAAUAAGAAAAAUAUGUUUGUUUAUUUUGUAUCUCAUUUUUAAAUAAAUAAAUAGUAUAUUUAUCUUUAUAUAUAAAAAUCUCGUGUCACAGGUGUUUGUCCAAGCUAAUAUUCAAAAACCACUGAACUAAUUGCAAUAAAAUUUAGUGCAAAUGUAUUUGUUGGUCUGACUUAGAAGAUAGGA